AUGCUAAGCGCCCAUAGUUGUGUCGCCUGCAUGGCCUCCCUGCAGGCGGAGGAUGGCCAUGACCAGUGCCCUGCGUGUCUCGGGGUUGAACACCUCAGGGAAGCAGUGUCAGAUAACCUGUGCAUGAACUGUAGUUUCAUGCCUCAUGCCCUGAGGCUAGCUAGGUUGGCUGAGGUGGAGGGCAGACCAGGGUUGCCCCCUUCGGGUCUUGGUCCUAGUGGCACCAGGCGCCGUGCCUCGGCAGCUGGGGGACCCCCCGGGCAGUCCCGUAAGGUCGAAAACUUGGGGAACCAAGUGGAUAAGUUCUCGGAUGAGGUUGCUCAGAUUAAAGCCCUCCUACAGAACCUCCAACCAGCUCAGGGUGUACCAGCCGCGGCCCCUGCGGCUGCGCAACCCACUUAUACAGAGGAUGACAUGCUGUCUACAGCUGCGUCCUGUAGCCUCUUUGCAGAGGAGGAAGAGCAAGCGUCCCUUGCAUCUCAGGCGUUCUCUCAAGGGUCUCUGGGCGGCUCGGCUAGAGGGUCAGUGUCCGGCUGCGACACUUGGUCCCAGGCCAGACAUUUGGGCCAGCUGCUCUUCAGGCCCUGGAGCGAAGUGUACAGGUUGGCCAGGCUAGCCAGCAGUUUGCUAGCUUACGGCGUGCACCUCUGCUUCAUUCUAGGCAGGGGGCCUCUGCGGUACCCCGUGCCGAUAGCUCUCAACCACGUUCAGGUGGACAAUCGAGGGGCCAGCACUUCUCAGCACGGGCUGACCAGCGCCGUAGCUCUGCGCCACGGGUGGCAUUUCAGGCACCAAGAGGUUUGGCGCCGAGCCGCCGCCUCCCCAGGGCCCCUAGGGGCAGGGGGGGUAGGUACUGAAGUCCAAGGGCCGGUCGUCGGACGCUUUUCUCAGCAGCACUUGAGCUACUGGCAAGAGCAGACCACAGACCCUUGGAUAGUGUCCACGCUAUCCAACGGGUACACACUACAAUUCCGACGCCGGCCCCCAACUUUCAGCGGGAUCAAGGUUACCGUGGUCACCAAUCCCGACAGAUCCCUGGUCCUGAGACAGGAAGUAGCCACCCUCCUUGGGAAGGGUGCUAUUGAAGUAGUAGAACCACAAGAACAGCUCGAUGGGUUCUACUCAACCUACUUUCUGGUACCCAAGAAGGAUGGCGGGUUUCGCCCCAUUCUGGACUUGAGAGGGCUGAAUCAGUUCCUCAAGGUUCUUCCCUUCCACAUGCUGCGUGUUGCGGACGUCCUCCAGGCUAUCGCUCAGGGGGACUGGUUCGUAUCAAUAGACCUGAAAGACGCUUACUUUCACGUCCCUAUUACCCAACGUCACAGGCGGUUCCUCCGCUUUGCUUUUCUGGGCAAGGUGUACCAGUUCAGGGUUCUUCCGUUCGGGCUGUCUCUGGCCCCGCGUAUAUUUACACGGUGUGUAGCAGCAGCCCUGUCACCAUUACAGGCCACAGGUAUGGCGAUACUGCCAUACCUGGACGACUGGUUGGUCAUUUCCCCAACUCGGGAGCAGGCGGUCAGGGACACAGCCAUGCUCCUCAGCCAUGUGGACCGGCUUGGCCUCAUGGUCAACUUUACCAAGAGCAACCUUACACCAUGUCGGGUUGUGAGCUAUCUGGGGCUGGUGCUCGACUCGGUGGCCAUGCGAGCCUGCCUCUCUCCAAAGCGCGUAGCUACCAUUCUGCAGCUGCUACAGCGCUUCAGGCUGGGGAAGUUGCUGGAAUACAGCCUCUUCCUUCGACUGAUAGGUAUGCUGACCUCAGCAUCCAUGGUGGUCCCACUAGGCCUUCUGGAAUUGCGUCCCCUUCAGAUCUGGGUGAAUAGUCUCCACUUGGACCCCAAGUGGCAGAGACACACGAUGGUCAGGGUGUCUGGGCGGUGCCUUCGGGCCCUCAGACCCUGGAGAGAGAGGGCAUACCUGAUUGCGGGGUUGCCCUUAGGGAGGAUAGCUUCCCGGCGGGAGGUUGUGGAGACGGACGCCUCCCUUUCCGGCUGGGGUGCAGUAUGGCAGUGCAGGACUGUCAGAGGCCAGUGGGAUGCCCAGCAGAGACUGGAGCAUAUAAAUGUGCUGGAACUCCUUGCGGUGUUCUUAGCUCUCAGGCACUUCCUUCCAGUUCUGAGGGACCGACAUGUUCUUGUCCGGACAGACAACACCUCCACAGUCUACCACGUCAAACAUCAGGGGGGCACCAGAUCGAGGCAGAGCCUGCGGGUCACGCAGGCAGACCUUCUCUCUCGCCAAGGGCCACCCCCCGGAGAGUGGAGACUCCAUCCCGAGGUGGUGGGGAUGAUUUGGGACAGGUAUGGCAGGGCAGUGGCAGAUCUCUUUCCUUCCGAAGAGACCACCCACUGUCCCCUUUGGUUCUCCUUGACCGAGAGGACCAGUCCCCUAGGGCAGGACGCUCUGGCUCAUGCUUGGCCAGACAGCCUGCUUUAUGCAUUUCCCCCAAUUCCCCUUUUACUGGCAACGCUGGACAGGGUCCAGCGUGGCUGUCACAGCCUACUUCUGGUGGCUCCAUAUUGGCCAGGAAGGCCAUGGUUCCCACCAUUACUGAAACUCCUCAACGGAGAGCCUUGGUGCCUCCCAGAGAGACGGGACCUUCUGUCUCAGGUAGGCGGACACAUAUGGCACAUGAAUCCGGGGCGCCUGCGGCUGUGCGUGUGGCCCCUGAGAGCCAGGACCCACUACUGACGUCUUGCGACCAGUCAGUGGUCCAUACUAUUUUUAG